UGUUAUUCCUGUAAGAAAUGUCCGAAUCUAAUGUGAAUAAAAUCUGUCUAGGUAAAGCGACGAGGAGAGGUGUCAAGAAGUGUCCGAACUGUGGCUUCACCAAUGGCACCAGGGGAUUCAUGUGCAAGAACCCGAUGUGCUGUAAGGUCUUCAAGGACUCGGACAAGAGGAAGGUGCACCUGGACUCUGUUAAGCUGGUCACUGGGACAGCCAGGCAAGUGUACUCGGUUAGGGUGAAAGACAAGGGUCCCGAGAAUCGAGGCUUCGUCCAGUUGCCUGUUCAAGGCAACAAAGCAGCAGCUCUCUGCUUUGUUGAGUCUUGUCAGAGGCUCUUUGAUAAUUCCAUUCUGAAAUGCCACGAGGGCGAGGAACAAAUCAACUCGACUUGCGUGCACAUCGCGUCCGCCUUGAAGAGCUACGUGUCGGCAACGGUGCUGGAUUUCAAUCACAACUUGAUCAGCAGUCUGGGAGUGGACGAGGAUUGCAAGAAACGCCUCUGCCUGUUGGCGAAAUCUUGCGAUUUGGUCCAGAAGGUCUCGCAGAACGUGUUCGCGGUCAAAUGCACGGUGACUGCUACGAAUCCCCUGGGUUAUUUGCAUUUGAUCUUCGGUGGAAACUCGGAGCAGGAGGCGAACGCGUUCAGCUGCGAUUGCAACUCCAGGAGGAAGGGAAUCAAGUGCGUCCACUACUAUGCUUGCGUCGUAGCUUUUAUCAGCGACUCGAAGUUUGCCACCAAGUACCAAAGUUUCAUUCAAGCCGAAUUCGAAACCGUUUUGGAUUCGGGAUACGAGUACAAUUUGGUGAACGUGCUUGGGGAUUUGAACAAGGAGGUGCUGCAGUUCGAGCUGCCUAUUUACGAGCCUUUCCUGACCACCGUCGUCGAGGAGCAGAGUAAGCGGAAAUCUGAAGAACUGUUGAAGCCGGCCAAGAGGAAGGUGAAAACUUGCUUCGACGAGCUUACGUUCAUCGAGUGGCUUUCGUCGGCUGUGGAGCAGAUCAACAUGAGUCUAAGCUACGAUUACCAGAUGGAGGUUUGCCUCAAAUUUAAUAUACAUACGAGGUUCUACGAGCUGCUGAAGGAGAGGAUUACGACGAACGCGAAGUGCACGCACGGGACGGACUACGUGUUCAGGGAGGAGUUUCCCAGAGGGCGAUGCAUGGUUCAAAGUCUGCACAUCUCCAAGCUGAGCGAGCUGAGGAACAUCUUCGCGACGGAUGCGAUCAAGAUGCGGACGUCGCGCAGCUUCGUGCUCGGCCCGAACGGCGGUUUCGUCGAGUUCCUAGCUUCGGGCGCGCCCAAAUCUUUGGGUAAACGUAUCGAACCCGCCCAGAUCGUCACGCAAUUGUCGGUCAACGAGAAGACGAACUUCACCAUCCAAUGGUACGGUACCUUGUACAAGGUGAGCCAAUUCGGUGAGCUCCGAUUCGUCUUCAGAUGCGAACAGCGCGCCGCCACCAAAUGCAGAUAACCAUCUCCGAUUGUCCUUCGCUUCCUCCGUCAAGCGAUAUCAGAGCUCAUCGAAAAUGCAUGGGCACAAUGCAUAAGGUAUGAGCUCGAUAAUAAUUGUAUUAAUAUCUUAAUGCGAAUCAGAUCGUCAUCACGAAAUGAAUAGCGUCGCAUUUGAAAUAAUAUCGUGACUGUUGUGCAAGAGAAUGAUUUGAAGCUGGUGAAGUAGAAGGAAACAGAGACUGUGUGUGUAUGUAUGUACAUUUGUGCAAACGUUAGAUUCGAAUAGGCUCGGUAUGUUUUAGUGCGGGGAGAAAAUAUAGUUGGCGUUGAAUCUGACGGCACCUGACUUCAAAAUCCGCAGUGCGUAGAAUUUUCGUUCGCGGCCGGCGAAGAUGUGAUCGCGUAAUUGAGGAAUUACUUUCAUCGACGUCACAGAGGAGAUAUGCCUGCACUCUCGGUUGUCGAGCGGUGCGCCGGACCAAUGAUGAAGUAGAAAGGUUUUCACUUUCUAACGCACCGUCCGUCGCGUUCUCAGCAGCAGCAGCUUCAUCACCACCACCACCACCACAAGGUACAACACACAGAAGCAGCAGAUAGAGAUCAUCGGUGCAGCUAAAGAGGAGACCGAAGAAUUCGUAAAGUAUCUCUCCGUUUUUGUUUUGCAAAAGGAGUAGUAGCAGUAGUAUUUGUUCGUUGUCGUCGUGGAUGCGUCAGUGAUUGGUUCCCAUUGGUGACCAUCGUCAUCAAGGCAGCAGCCAGCAGAAGAGCCAUGGACAGCGGCAGCAGCCGCAGCGCCAUCAGCCUCAACAGCGAGCGGAUCCAGAGGAUGUUCAGCUGGAGCAGCAACGCGUUCAGGUGAGAAGCAUCGAAUUUAACAUUACUUCCAUAUUUAUAUACUCGCU